AGUACGGGUCGUAUCCGUAUUUAAAGGCGCCAACAAAGCCUAAUUCAGGAGCAGCUUCACAAACCUGCCAUCUUUUUGCGUGCAGCUUCAUACAUCAUCCAAAACAGAAUUACUUUAUUUACCGCCACUAAAAUGCCAGAGGAAACAGCAGCUGCUUCAACUACUGAAAGUAUGGAGGAGAAACCUUGCUCGUCAAGUGCCCCAGACAGUUCUGACGUAAUUGAGGAAGCAAAGAAGCUGAUUGGCACAGGCAAUAGGCACUUGGUGAUGGGUGAUGUUGUGUCUGCAGUCAGUGUGUUCCAGGAGGCUUGUGCCAUGCUAGCUGAAAAGUAUGGAGACACUGCUGAUGAGUGUGGGGAAGCUUUUUUCUUGUGUGGGAAGGCCCUUCUGGAGCUUGCCAGGAUGGAGAAUACAGUGCUUGGUAAUGCUUUGGAGGGAGUCCCAGAAGAGUCCUCUGAAGAGGGAGAUAAACAGAACGACUCCAAGAUUGAGAGUGCAGACAACUUGGAUGUUUCAGAUGAUGAUGAUGAUGAUGAUGAUGAUGAAGCAGAGGGUGAUUCAAAGGAUAAGGAGAGCGAGGAGGAAGUUGGAAACCUGCAGUUGGCCUGGGAGAUGCUGGAGGUUGCCAAGGUUAUUUAUAAAAGAAAAGAUGACAAAGAAGAUCAGCUAAUGGCUGCACAGAUCUACCUGAAACUUGGAGAAGUUGGUGCUGAAUCAGGUAACUACAGUCAGGCUUUAGAGGACUUCAAUGAGUGCUUACUCCUGCAGCUGAAACACCUUCCCUCUUAUAGUCGUCUUUUGGCUGAGACCCAUUACCAGUUGGGCACAACUUACAGUUACACAGCCCAGUACAGCCAAGCCAUCGAGCACUUCUCCAACUCUAUCAAAGUCAUCGAGAGCCGUCUUGCUAUGUUUCAGGAGGUGAUAGACAAGGCUGAGGGUGAAGAGGCAGCACAGGAGGAGAAGAGCGAACUAGAAGAGUUGAAACGGUUACUGCCAGAAAUUACUGAGAAAAUCGAAGAUUCCAAGGAGAGCCAGAGGAUAGCAGCUACAGCAUCUGAGGCUAUCCAUCAGACACUUGCAGGAGCCUCUACUUCAUCUGCUUUCCCAUCUGAAAAUGGUGCUCCAUCUGAAAAUGGAGCUAGUCAGAUUGCGGUGAGGCCAGCUGAUGGUGCAUCUUCCUCAAAAUCUGCAUCUGAUAUUUCUCACCUUGUCCGCAAGAAGAGGAAACCAGAUGAGGAGAGUCCAAAAAUGGACAGUGAUGCUAAAAAGACUAAACAGGAGACCUCAGUUAAUGGCAGCGGUGACUCCGCCCACAACGGCAAUGGAGUCCAGCAGAAAAUGGAACAGGAGCCAGCAAAUCCUUCCUCAGUGGAAACCUCUGCAUGAUUGGCCUCUCCUGACUGACCACUUACCUUCCAACCAGCAGAGCAUGCAUGAAUUCAUUUUGUGAUUUGUAUAUAAAACCAGUUUACUUUGUCUGUCCAAUUUUUGUAUAAUUGUAGUAACUUUCAAUAAAGAAUAUUUGCAUA